UGUAGUGUGACUGUGGGAGAGGUUUCAAAUCACCAUCGUCUCUUUCUAAGACCAUUGAUUUAGUAGUGAGAAAAUGGCUCCCAGCUUCAAGAAGAAGAAUGAUAUUAAAAGUAAUAAUGUGAGAAUAAGAAAGAAGAGGGUGAACUUGAGGUACUGUAUGAGAAAAUCCCACCGCCACACAAAACUUCCAUCUUCUUCGUCAUCCACUUUUAAUCAUCCCAUUAAUAAUAAUAUUCCUAAUAACACCAAUUUCAUCCCCCGAUCAUCUCACCAAUCUCCUUCACACGAAAUUCAAGAGGAGCAUUAUGGUUCUAAUUCUUUUCAUGCCCACCUGUCGGAGGAUACCAUUUCUUCAAUUAUUCAUUCGCAGUCUACGGCUGACGACGACGGCCAAUUGGAAGCGGAUGCCGCCGGUGGGCUCGGUAGCAGGGGAUCGGACUGCCAAACAAUAGACAUUGCAGCAGUUUUGGAAAAUCAACAACUACGGAACAGUUCGAAUGCCAAGAACAGCGACGCUCCAUCACCUCGGGAGAAAACGUUUCUGUAUCGAUCUGCACUGAAGGGUGAAUGGAGAAGGGUGGAAUCACUAAUUGAGAAAUACCCACAUUAUGCUCGUUGUGCAGUUACAAAAAACCAAGAAACUGUUCUUCAUGUAGCUGCUGGAGCCAAGCAAACAGGCUUUGUGAAGGAGCUGGUUCACAGAAUGAGCCCCACUGAUAUGACCAUGCAAAACAAAUAUGGAAAUACGGCCCUAUGUUUUGCUGCUACAUCUGGAAUCGUAAGAAUUGCACAAUUAAUAGUUAACAAAAACGAAGAUCUUCCACUCAUUCGUGGCUUCAGCAAUUUAACUCCACUUUUCAUGGCUGUAUCUUAUAAACGGAAAUUAAUGGCUACUUAUCUCUUCGCUGUUACUGAUAUCUUCCAACUCACUCCUGAAGAUCAGAUUGAGCUUCUUAUUGCCUCCAUACAUAGCGACUUUUUUGAUAUUAGUUUGCAAAUUACAAGAAUGAAUCCAAAUUUAGCAACGAUGAAAUGCUCAAAGAAUAACAAUGAGAGUGCAUUGCAUGUAAUGGCUAGAAAGCCAUUAGCAAUCGGUAGCGCCACAAAGCAAUUGAGCAUUUGGAGAAAGUGCAUAAAGUUUGGUUUUAAUGGAAAAUUUUACGAUAAAAAUAUGAUGAAUAUAUUUGCUCGUGAAGUAGUUAAAUUUCUAUGGGAAUAUAUUGUUGAGGAGUUUGAAGAAAAGGAAAUGUUGGAAUUCAUUAAAUAUCCCACAAGAUUACUACAUGAUGCUACGAGAGCAGAAAAUGUCGAGUUUUUGAUUAUACUCAUUAACUUGUACCCUGAUAUAGUGUGGGAAGAAGAUGAUGAAGGUAAGACCAUAUUUGAUGUGGCUAUUGAAAAUCGACUUGAAAAUGUGUUCAAUCUCAUAGAUGAAAUUGGUGGGCUUAAUGAAUUUGCUAUGAAACAUAGAUUAACUAAUAGAAACUACAGCAUGUUACAUACCGUUGCAAACCUUGCUACACCAAACAAUCUCAAUAGGGUCACUGGAGCUGCCUUUCAAAUGCAACGUGAAUUGCUUUGGUUCAAGGAAGUGGAGAAGAUAGUGUUGCCAUCCCAACUCAUGGCCAAAUCUAAUGAUCCAAAUCCACAAUUAUCCAAGUUAACACCACGUGAAUUAUUCACUGAAAAUCACAAAGAUCUUCGCAAAGCUGGUGAGGAAUGGAUGAAAAACACAGCAAACUCCUGCAUGAUCGUCGCAGCUCUAAUCACCACAGUCGUUUUCGCGGCAGCCUUCACCGUUCCCGGCGGAUGUGACGAUAAUACAGGCAAUCCUAUUUUUCAAAGCAAGCCUUGGUUCACUGUUUUUGUUAUAUCAGAUGCAGCUGCUUUGGUUUCAUCUUCAACCUCUAUUCUUAUGUUCAUGUCAAUCUUAACUUCGCGUUAUGCAGAAGACGAUUUCUUGCACUCGUUGCCCUCUCGGUUACUCAUCGGACUCACAUCCUUAUUUGUGUCUAUAGUUUGCAUGGUUGUGACCUUCACUGCAACCUUCUUUUUGCUCUACCAAAAUGCCAAAUUAUGGGUUCCACUCACUGUUGCUGUAAUGACAAUUCUUCCUGUUUGUUGCUUUUGUCGACUCCAAUUUAAACUUUGGGUCGAUACAUUUCACAACACUUACUUGUCUAGAUUUCUUUUCAGGUCUCGAGGCAGAUUGUUCUCAUUAUGAACACCAUAAUUAACAACCCUACUCAUUAUUACUAUUAUUCAAGUAUUGAUUGAAUAUAAUUCUAACCUUUCUUAUA